GCUAUUCAUGAUAAGCAUUUUCUGGCUGUGGGGGGCUGCAGGUAUAUGGCGCCAACGGUUAAUCCAGGGGUCCUUAAAACUACGGUCUUUAAUCCUAGAGUCCUUAAAACUACGUUCCUUAAUCCUAAAGUCCUUAAUCCUAGAGUCCUUAAUUAAAUCUACGGUUUCUGCAGCUACAUUUUUUUUUUUUUUUUUUUUUUUUUUUUUUUUUUUUUUUACAGCUACAAUCUAUGCCCAAUAGGCAGUGGUUGGCACGCCUCCAGCCCCUCACAGGGACACUGCUGCGGAGGAGCCCAGUCCUCCCCUAAAGGGCUCCUCAGAUGUUCAGAUGGCAGUGUCUGCUGGGGACGUUUCAGUCCCCUAGCUACUCAUGAUGAGCAUUUUCUGGCUGUGGGGGGCUGCAGGUAUAUGGCGCCAACGGUUAAUCCAGGGGUCCUUAAAACUACGGUCCUUAAUCCUAGAGUCCUUAAUCCUAGAGUCCUUACAACUACGUUCCUUAAUCCUAAAGUCCUUAAUCCUAGAGUCCUUAAAUCUACGGUUUCUGCAGCUACAUUUUUUUUUUUUUUUUUUUUUUUUCAGCUACAGUCUAUGGCCAAUAGGCAGUGGUUGGCACGCCUCCAGCCCCUCACAGGGACACUGCUGUGGAAGAGCCCAGUCCUCCCCUAAAGGGCUCCUCAGGUGGUCAGAUGGCAGUGUCUGCUGGGGACUGUUCAGUCCCCUAGCUGUUCAUGAUGAACAUUUUCUGGCUGUGGGGGGCUGCAGGUUCUCGUAUUGACAAGAACUGGUUUAUCAUUCGCGACGCCUCCGUGAAGACCGAGCACCUGAUGACCCUGCAGCCUUACGACGAGCACUGCCCCAUCCCCAUGACCCACGGCACGCGCGAGGCACUCAUCGAGCUCUUCCAGGCUCUGCACCACCCGUGCAUCUACCCAGUGUUGGACGUGGACUUUGCCAACAUCUCUUCCCACACGUACAUCGUCACCAUCAUCCCCCACAACAACAAGGGCACGCUCAAGGACCUCAUUUAUCGGAAGCUGAACGAUGGUGCUUCACAGAGUCACUGGCAAGAUGACUGGGUGGAGAAGUACCAGCAGCGCUCAUCGGGGCUGCUAGUGGGCCAGGUCCAGCGGCUGGGGCUGCAGGUGUUGGAGGCCCUGCUCUUCCUGCAAGACCGAGGCUUUCCCCACUGCGGCCAUCUGCACUCUGGGAACUUGGUACUGCAAAACGGUGUGGCAAGACUGUCCGGGGUGGAGAACACACUGCUGGGCCUCACCUCCAGGAUCUACCCAAUCAUCAAGCGUCGCCUCAAGGACAACAGAGACGCCAUAGACUCAGUGUGUUUCGGCCACGUCCUGUUUGAGAUGUGUGCUGGAUACGAGCUGUCGUCUGCCCACCCUACCGCCAAGCACCUUGAGGACAUCUCCACCUAUCCCCAAGUGGUGCAGGUGCUGGAGUACAUCUUUGGUAAUGGAGACCAGUACCCCAGCAUUGAAGAAAUCCUCUGCCUUGACUUCUUCCGUAACCUGGAUCUGCGAGAAAUGCGGGCAGCUCCUCUCCCGCUUACAGUGGCUUUGAUGUUCCAGAUUCGGUACUCACCAAUGAUAAGGAACAUCCUCAAGGAAGUCAGAAGAUUCCAAAACAGAGAAGCCCCUCACAGGGACACUGUUGCAGAGGAGCCCAGUCCUCCCCUAAAGGGCUCCUCAGAUGUUCAGAUGGCAGUGUCUGCUGGGGACUGUUCAGUCCCUAGCUACUCAUGA